CGUACAUCGUUCAAAACGUGCCCAGUGUUUCCCUCCGAGUGUUCUGCGUGCCGCGCAGGCGCAAAGGGCCAGGUGCUGGAGGUGCUGUCAUGGCCUGCCUCAAUCCGGUGCCUAAACUCUACAGAUCUGUAAUUGAAGAUGUAAUUGAAGGAGUUCGGAAUCUAUUUGCUGAAGAAGGUAUAGAGGAACAAGUUUUAAAAGACUUGAAGCAGCUCUGGGAAACCAAGGUUUUGCAGUCUAAAGCAACAGAAGACUUCUUCAGAAAUCGCAUCCAAUCACCUCUGUUUACUCUUCAGUUGCCACACAGCUUGCACCAAACAUUGCAAUCGUCAACAGCAUCAUUAGUUAUUCCUGCUGGUAGAACUCUUCCAAGUUUUACCACAGCAGAACUGGGCACUUCAAACUCCAGUGCACACUUUACUUUUCCUGGUUAUCCCAUUCAUGUACCAGCAGGUGUGACACUACAGACUGUAUCAGGUCACCUUUAUAAAGUCAAUGUACCAAUUAUGGUGACAGAGACUUCUGGAAGAGCAGGUAUUUUUCAGCAUCCAAUUCAGCAAGUAUUUCAACAGCUUGGCCAGCCUUCAGUAAUACAAACUAGUGUUCCACAGUUGAAUCCAUGCUCUCUUCAAGCAACUACUGAAAAAUCACAGAGAACUGAAACUGUGCUACAGCAACCCGCAAUUCUACCUUCUGGGCCAGUAGAUAGGAAACACUUAGAAAAUGCCACCAGCGAUAUACUUGUAUCUCCUGGAAAUGAGCAUAAAAUCGUGCCUGAAGCUUUGUUGUGUCAUCAGGAAAGUUCUCAGUAUAUCAGUCUUCCUGGUGUUGUAUUUUCUCCACAGGUCUCUCAAACAAAUUCUAAUGUGGAGUCAGUGCUCAGUGGUUCAGCUAGCAUGGCUCAAAAUCUGCAUGAUGAGUCCUUCUCCACGAGCCCUCAUGGGGCUCUUCACCAGCACAUGACUGAUAUUCAGCUUCAUAUUCUUAAAAAUAAGAUGUAUGGAUGUGAUUCUGUAAAGCAACCAAGAAAUAUAGAGGAACCCAGCAACAUACCUGUAUCAGAGAAGGAUUCUAAUUCUCAGGUGGAUUUAAGCAUUCGGGUUACUGAUGAUGAUAUUGGUGAAAUAAUUCAAGUAGAUGGAAGCGGUGAUACAUCUUCCAAUGAAGAAAUAGGAAGUACAAGAGAUGUAGAUGAGAAUGAAUUUCUAGGGAUUAUUGAUGGGGGAGAUCUGAAGGUACUUGAAGAAGAAGCUGACAGUAUUUCAAAUGAGGAUUCAGCCACAAGCAGUAGUGAUAAUGAAGACCCUCAAGUAAACAUUGUAGAAGAGGACCCUUUAAAUUCUGGAGAUGAUGUUAGUGAACAGGAUGUGCCAGACCUGUUUGACACGGAUAAUGUAAUUGUCUGUCAGUAUGAUAAGAUUCAUCGAAGCAAGAACAAAUGGAAAUUCUAUUUGAAAGAUGGUGUUAUGUGUUUUGGAGGGAGAGACUAUGUAUUUGCAAAAGCCAUUGGUGAUGCAGAGUGGUAAACCUUGUGAGCUUAGUACAUCUAUUUUGUGAACAUCAGUUGGACUAUAUUGCAUAUUGUGAAUUCAUUUUUAUUUUAAAUAUAGUCCAGCAAAGAGCUGUUCAAAUUUUUAGUUUACUGUAUGGAAUUUAAUAAAAUUAUAAUUCAGAUGCAGAUACAAAUACACAAUUUUAUAUGUAUUUUGUUUUAUGUCUUAACAGGGUUUUUUAAAACUCUCAUUCUAUACCACUACAAAGCAUAGAUGCAUCAUGGAACAUGAAGAAGUAUCACAUUUCUUUUUUCUUGAAGUAAAAUUUAAAUCACACUUCAGUUCCCCUUCAUGGUAAAGUCAGUAUCAGUUAUUAGAUUGGGAUCAGCAUUCCUCCCACCUCUCACCAAACCAUGUUAUAGAACGUCCUUGGGAGUCUUUCAAGUAGUGGGAUAUUCAAGAAGGCGUCUUUGGGUUUUAAUUCUGUAUUGAUCACUGGAAAUAUGUUGAUUGUUUAAGCCCAGAUAGUCCCUUGGAGGCAGAUGCCUAUACUAUUAUUUGAACAUGAAAAUCUUUGCUGAGGCUAAGAUCCCUGUAGCUAAGGAUCAGCCGCUCUGGACUUAUCAUUUGGCUAGGCCAUUCUUCUUUAUGUUUUUGGGGAACUGUGAGGAAGUAGGUUAGGUUCCUGUUCUACUUCUUGAAAUUUCCUACUUCUGUAUUUUUCCUAAUCAUGGUGGGGUUUUUUUUUCUGUCUUCCUACUUUUUCUGUUUUUCGUGCAGUGGAAGAACUCUUUGCAAAUGCUUUCCCCUUCCAAGGCAGUACCUCACUCUCUUUCUUAACAGGAGUCUCCUUCAUUGAUUUUAGGCUUUCUAAAACAAAAGGCAAGAAGAGAUGUUCUCUUCAGGAACUUCUGCUUUGGCAGUCUCAUUUGAGAUACGGGGGACUGGAUAACUGUCUUGAAAUCACAGAGAGAAAACAAAACAUCAGAUAAAUAGCCCUUAUUUUCCUGUGGCAAUAAAAACCAAAGCAAAUUAAUAUUCCGAUAAGUUAUUCUAUAAUACUCUUUUCCUUAGUAGAUUCACAUCUCUCAAAGAAACAUUUUCCCCAUCACUCUGCUGCUCUUAACAGGUGGGGCACAUGUGGUCUGUAAGUCUAGGAGCUCUGUUUUUAUCCCUGAAUGGUGUUUUUAAGGACAGUAACUGUCACACAAAAAGCAGUGCAGGGAUGAGUAGGUUAUGGCCUAUUAAAGCUCCUUAAGGAUUUGAUGCCUGGAUCUGACUGGUUACAGGGCAAAUUCCCCAUAUCUUUUUGGAAAGCAACCCUAUUGGGGAGUUUAAUUUUUUUCCAACACUUUUCUGUCCUACCCAGGAGGCUCAGCUAUUGGUAUAUCUCUCGAAAUCUAGAUGGAUCUCCUCUGGGCCCUGGGCAACGUGGAUGGGGUAUUGUCUCCGGCCUAAAGUAGGCAGCUGCAUGAGGAUUCAGUUAGCACUAGUGAGUGGGCUGGUCGCCUAACUGUAUUCUCCCACUAAGCCCUGUUCCUCCUUAGAGUGAUUGACCUUUUCCUUAUUACCAGUGCUAUUCUAGAUCCUUCUCUGGAUCUUGAGAACUCCCAGGAGCUGUGGGUUCUUUUCAAGGGUGUUGCCUUCCAUGAAAUGUCUGUAUUCUCUACAUGGAAAGCAAAAAGAGAGCCCUUUGCAUCUGUCUCUGAAAUGUACCCACUCCAGGGCUGAGGAGUGUACUUUCUUGUUUUCUUUCAGGCCCACCCAGUCAUUCUGUAUUUUCCCCAGGCAAAUUUUAUUGCAAAUUAAGGGCUGAAUUUAUUGAUAAGGUGUACACACCUGGGAACUGGGAAUUAAUGUGUUGGUUCAAGUGCCUGGGGGAGGCAAUAAUAUUGUUUCUAAAGUUCUUUUCCUCUUUUUCACUGUGAACUUUAAAAUCUCAUUUUACUUUAGUGAUUUUUUAAAUGGCAUAUUACAAAUACUGUUAUUAUAUUGGGCCUCUUUAUUUGUGUAGUAUACUUUAUCAUUAAAGAAUAAGUCAUGGUUGUUCC